CACCCCUGAAGGGGGCCAGCAUCACCUUCAAGGUCCUGAUUGUCAACGGCUCCUGAGUGAGCACCGGGUCUCUGACCCCAUCAGGGCCUUCUGGACAGGACCUCGCUCUAGAAGGGAACAUGGACCUCUGGCUUUGGUGGCUUUACUUCCUGCCAGUGUCCAGGGCACUGAAGAUCCUUCCGGAAGUGGAGCUGCAGGGAGUGCUGGGCGGAUCCGUGGUCAUCGAGUGCCCACUUCAGGGAGAUACCCAAGUGCGGAUGUACCUGUGCCGGCAGAUGGCAAACCCCAAGACGUGCACUACUGUGGUGUCCAGCUACUUCGUCAAGGAGGGGUACAAGCACCGAGUCACCCUGAUGCCGUGUUCAGAUAGGAACCUGUUCCUGGUGGAGCUGAUGGGCCUGACCGAGAGUGACAGUGGGGUCUAUGCCUGCGGACUGGGCAGGAGCACAGACCAAGGCAAGACUCUGAAGGUCACCUUGAGUGUCCACAACGAGUAUGAGCCAUUCUGGGAAGAGGAUCCAAUGGCUGAGCCUCAGGACUGGUUUCAUAAGGCUCUGCCGCAGAUGCCGGGUUGGCUUCAGAUGGCGGCACAUGACAGGCCUUCCAAUUUCAUAUCCAAAGAUGCUGCAGCUCAAAGGACAGAGGCCCCUCUGGCCCUGCGCUCCACCGCCCUUGUGCCCACAGCCCACCGAUCUCAGACUCCCAGAGCUUCUUCGGCGGCAGCCUCCAUGCCACCAACCCCUCUGCCCUCCAGAGAGGCCUCAAAGACCUCGGUUCAGGAGGGGGUGCUCGGGCCCCAGGAGGCCAGUUACAAGCACCACACCUGGCUGCACGGGCAAAGGGCAUCCAGCUCUGGCUCCGCGGCAGGGAGGGAGGACCUGGGGUUCCACAUCCUGAUUCCCAGUGCCCUGGGCCUUCUGCUGCUGGCCCUCCUGGGGCUGGUGCUGAGACGGGCGGUUCAGCGGAGGCGCGGUGAGCAGAGGCCCUGGACGGGACAAGGAGACCAGCCGCACUCCAGGGCCAGCCCGGGAUGCGGGGGCCCAGCUCUGGGUGCAGGGGGCCCAUCCCAGGGUCUGGGUGACUCCGCCUGCCUCCAGAUGCCUCCCUUGAAAGAUGCAUCGUUACCCCACAAGUCACGGCGUCUCGCCCCAGGGGCCACUCCUGUGUAA